AUGAAUUUGAAAGACCUUUUGAACUUGCCAUUGAAAUGGCAUCUGGUUAUAGGCAGUCUCAUCAGACUAGUCUUGAUUCUGUAUGCUGAAUACCACGACAAGUAUUCCGAGGUGCCAUACACUGAUGUCGAUUACAAAGUCUUCACAGAUGCGGCCAGGCAUGUGUUUUACGGCAAAAGUCCGUACAAACGCCACACCUAUAGAUACAGCCCACUGAUAGCGUAUAUGCUCGUCCCGAAUCUAUUUUUCGGGAAGUAUUUCGGAAAAGUACUCUUUUCCUUCUUUGAUAAUCUUAUUACCGUCAGUAUCCACAUGUUGAUUCGUUGCCAAUUGUUACCGCAAGCAAAGAACAAGGAGAAUGCAGAAAAAGUUGCGCUUUUCUGUUCUCUGUUCUGGCUGUACAAUCCUAUGAGCAUUGCUAUAUCGACUCGAGGCAACGCAGAUUCUAUCCCUUGCCUUUGUAUAAUACUAGCCCUACUAUUUCUUGAAACGCAUAUAACAACUGGACGUCCUAAGUACAUCAUAGCUGGCAUAUUUCUCGGCGUAGCCAUACAUUUACGCAUAUACCCCAUAGUUUUCAGCCUACCCAUGUAUUUAUCUCUCGGCGAGUACAACUUUGACCGGAAUAUAACCUUCAGGGACUAUGUACAAAGUCUAUUACCGAACGAAAGGCAGCUGACUUUAACCGUCGCUUGCAUUACGACAUUAGGCAGUCUGACUCACGAAAUGUAUUCUUUAUACGGCUAUGACUUCUUGUUCGAAACUUAUAUCUACCAUAUAUUCCGCAAAGAUACUAGACACAACUUUUCUGUGCUAUUCUACUAUUCGUACCUAACAGCUGGCAAUGUCAACGUGGAUCCCGUUAAAAUCUGCAUCCAGACGUUUGAAAUGAUAAUUCUGGGAGGGCUAAGCUUAGUUUUCGGGACCUCGCCUAAGACACUGCACUUUUGCCUGUUCUGCCAAGCAGUUGUAUUGGUCGCUUACAAUUCUGUCCUAACAUCGCAGUAUUUCAUCUGGUUCUUGUCACUAUUACCACUAGUUGUGCACAAUUUGAGGAUAAAACCACCUCGCGCGGUCCUGUUUUCUAUCAUUUGGUUCUUGGCUCAAGGAGCUUGGCUUUUCUACGCUUAUCUCGUAGAGUUUAAGAGUAGGGAGGUGUUUAUAAUGAUUUGGCUGAAAGGUAUAGUCUUUUUCUGCUCCAAUGUGUAUGUUUUGGGGAAGAUUAUUCAGAGCUUUAGUACGACGUAUGCGUUUGGCUAUCGCGAUGUCAUCCCUAUUCCAAGGGAGGUCAGGGAUGAUUAGGUGUCUAUAUUAUGCCUAUACACACUAGAUAAUUCUAGUCUAAAAAUAUAUAAAACAUAUAAACAUUGUAGUAUCGGUGUUGUGUGACUUUAAAUGACAUUUUAAGCCUACUGUAGAUUAGUUAGUAUAGUUCGCAGUGUUUUUAAUAUUAUUCAAUAAAAAAUGGAAUAAAAUUAACGUUUUUUUAUUUAACAUUUCUAUUCUAACACAUACAACCACUAUAUCUAACAAGCCAACUUAGUCAAACAGCAAAUGCACUUUUGAAGGAGAUUUUGUACUCUAUUUAGAAUAGGUUAUGCUUCUUUUUAUAAGUACUUUCAAUAUUUCAUCACUCAUCAUGU